UUUCCCGCUCGAAAGGCCAAGCCGGUCCGACAGCAUUCAAACCCUCGCCUUUAGUCAUUUUUCCCGCUUGCAAAUUAAUCCUUCGAUUUCCAUCUCAGGAUUCGAUCUCGAGACAGAAAAAACUUCGAUUUUGGAUUUUCGUGUCCAAAUUUGGUAUAGAUUUGAGUUUUGACAAAAAUAAAUACCUGGAAUUUUUUGAGAGACGGUAUCUUCAACGGCAAGCAUAAAAGGCAGUAAGAUCGUCUGAUAAUUCAACCGCGAUGGACUGCAACGGGGCCAGCAAUGACACUUCGAACCAGCCGAGAGAGAGGCUUUUCAUCAAAGAAAUGAUCAUGGAAAACUUCAAGUCGUAUGCCGGAGAACAGAGGGUUGGCCCCUUUCACAAGAGUUUCUCGGCAGUAGUGGGCCCAAAUGGGAGUGGUAAGAGCAAUGUUAUUGAUGCAAUGCUCUUUGUUUUUGGCAAGCGUGCCAAGCAGAUGCGCUUGAACAAGGUGUCAGAACUUAUUCAUAACUCUACUAAUCAUCAGAAUCUUGACAAAGCAAGUGUAUCAGUACAUUUUCAAGAAAUAAUUGAUCUGGAUGGUGAGAAUUACGAGCCUGUUAAAGGAAGUGAUUUUGUGGUCACCCGUGUUGCAUUUCGAGACAAUUCAUCCAAAUAUUACAUCAACAACCGGGGGAGUAACUUUACAGAAGUUACAAAAAAAUUGAGAGCAAAAGGAGUAGAUUUGGAUAACAAUCGUUUUCUCAUUCUACAGGGUGAAGUGGAGCAGAUUUCACUGAUGAAGCCCAAAUCACAAGGGCCUCAUGAUGAAGGGUUUUUGGAGUACUUGGAGGAUAUCAUUGGGUCAAAUAAAUAUGUUGAAAGGAUUGAAGAGGCUAGCAAACAGCUUGAAGUUCUCAAUGAAAACAGAUCAGGCAUUGUUCAAAGGGUGAAGCUAGCAGAAAAAGAGAAAGAUAGCUUGGAGGGCGCUAAAAAUGAAGCAGAGGCAUUCAUGCUGAAGGAAGCAGAACUUUUCAAGUGGCAGGAGAAGGCUACAGAAUUGGCUUUAAAGGAUGCUAAUGACCACAUUUCUGAGUUGAAAGAAAACAUCACAAAAUUGGAAGAAAACCUCAAAGAGGAAAAGGAAAAGUUCAAACAAAAUUCCAAAGCAAUGAAGGAGCUUGAGGCAACCCAUAAUAAACAUUUGAAGAGGCAGGAUGAACUUGAGACAAAACUAAAAGCAUGUAAGGAUGAGUUUAAGGAAUUUGAAAGGCAGGAUGUCAAAUAUCGAGAAGAUCUGAAGCACAUAAAGCAAAAAGGGAAGAAAUUAGAGGAAAAAAUUGAAAAGGAUUCUGCAAAAAUUGAAGAGAUUGAAAAAGAGUCAGAAGAAUCAACCCUAAAAAUCCCAAAGCUUGAAGAAGUGAUUGUGAAGCUAUCAGAGUCACUUACUGAGGAAGAAAAACUACUGGAGAAGAUCAAGGAGAGCUCAAAAGAGGAAACGGAAAAGCACCGUACUGAACUUGUUAAUGUGCGUGCGGAGUUGGAACCCUGGGAAAAGCAACAAAUUGAAUGUAAAGGAAAACUUGAUGUAGCAAGCUCGGAAAGCAAGCUAUUAAAAGAGAAGCACGAGGCUGGACGAAAAGCAUACGAGGAAGCAAAAAGUCAGAUGACUGAAAUUAAAAAGAAAAUCAAGGACAAAGAAGUUGACCUUCAGAACAUGCAAAGUGCAAUUGAGAAAAAUAAGCUCAUAGCAGCUGAAGCUCGGAAGGAGGAACAUACUUGCACGAAAGAGGAGGAAUCGAUUGCCUCUCUUGAACAAACAGCAAGGCAGAAGGUUUCAGAGCUUCGUGCAAUUUUGGAAUCCGAGAAAAGCCAGGGAUCUGUUUUAAAAGCUAUAUUGCAGGCGAAGGAUUCAAACAAAAUACAGGGAAUAUAUGGUCGGUUGGGAGACCUUGGUGCAAUAGAUGCGAAAUAUGAUGUUGCUGUAUCCACUGCAUGUGGAGGGCUUGACUUUAUUGUGGUGGAAACAACAUCUUCUGCACAAGCAUGUGUAGAAUUAUUGCGGAGUAAAAACCUUGGUAUAGCAACAUUUAUGAUACUGGAGAAGCAAGAGAAUCAUCUUCAAAGAAUAAAGGAGAAAGUUAGAACACCAGAAGGUGUCCCACGCUUAUUUGACUUAAUCACUGUUCAGGAUGAGCGCAUUAAAUUGGCAUUUUAUGCUGCACUGGGAAACACUGUUGUAGCAAAAGAUCUCGACCAGGCCACUCGAAUUGCCUAUGGUCAAGACAAGGAGUUCAGGCGUGUGGUCACAUUGGAUGGUGCAGUUUUUGAGAAGUCUGGUACAAUGAGUGGUGGUGGUGGAAAACCACAGGGUGGUAGAAUGGGAACAUCCAUAAAAGCUUCUAGUGUUUCUGGAGAAGCUAUUGCAAGUGCUGAAAAGGAGCUUGAAAACUUAGUUGAUAGGCUUAGAAACAUACAGCAAAGGAUAAGUGCUGCCGUGAAGCAGUAUCAAGGAGCCGAGAAGGCCAUGUCGCAUUUGGAAUUGGACUUAGCAAAGACACGAAUGGAGAUAGAAGGACUCAAUGGUCAGCAUGCUGACAUUGAGAAGCAACUUGAUUCUUUGAAGUCUGCAGCACAGGCGUCAAAGAAUGAACUAGAAAGGCUGAAAGAACUUGAUCAAGUCAUUACAAAUGAAGAAAAAGAGCUUGCAAGUCUUGUAAAAGGCUCUAAAAAGCUUAAAGAGAAGGCUGCUGAGCUUCAAAACAAGAUAGAGAAUGCAGGAGGAGAAAAGUUACAGAAGCAAAAAUCUAAAGUUGCAAAAUUGCAGGGUGAGAUUGACAAGUCAAGCACAGAAAUAAAUCGUCGUAAGGUUCAGAUUACUACGGGGAAGAAAACAAUACAGAAAUUACAGAAAGCAAUUGAGGAGUCAACGAAAGAAAAAGACAGAGUUGCUGAUGAGAAAGAGAAAAAAACAGCUGCUUUCAAAGAGAUUGAACAAAAAGCAUUUCUGGUGCAAGAAAACUAUAAAAAGACACAAGAGGUAUUAGAUGCACAUAAUGAAGAGGUAGAGAAAGCCAAGAAUGAAUACAAUGCACUUAAAAAGGUUCUGGAUGAGCUGCGAUCUGGAGAGGUUGAUGUGCAAUACAAAUUAGAAGAUAUAAAGAAAAUCUUUAAAGAUUGGGAAGCAAAGGGCAAGGGUUAUAGUAAAAAGUUAGAAGAACUAAACAAAGCGCUUGAACAGCAUAUUGAGCAAAUUCGAAUUGAAGGCAUUGAUCCUGCUUUGCUUCAAGCAACACUAGGAAAUGAACAAUUUCUUGAAUUGAAUACCCUCGAAACAGCACUGGAGAAGGUAGCUUUAUUGCAGGCUCAAUUAAAGGAGUUAAAGCCGAGCUUGGACUCCAUACAAGAGUAUCGGAGAAAGGCUGCUUUAUAUAGUGAACGGGUUGAAGAGCUCAAUACCAUAACUUUGGAACGUGAUGAUCGAAAGAGACAAUAUGAUGAAUUAAGGAAAAAACGGUUGGAUGAGUUCAUGCUUGGAUUUAAUACUAUAUCUUUGAAGCUGAAGGAAAUGUAUCAGAUGAUAACUUUGGGUGGUGAUGCGGAGUUGGAGCUUGUUGACUCAUUGGACCCUUUUGCUGAAGGUGUUGUUUUUAGUGUACGGCCUCCCAAAAAAAGUUGGAAAAAUAUUGCUAACCUAUCUGGUGGUGAAAAGACAUUAAGUUCAUUAGCUCUGGUUUUUGCACUUCACCAUUACAAACCUACCCCUCUCUAUGUCAUGGAUGAAAUUGAUGCCGCUUUAGAUUUUAAAAAUGUCUCAAUCGUGGGUCACUACAUCAAAGACAGAACUAAGGAUGCCCAGUUCAUAAUUAUAAGUUUGAGGAAUAAUAUGUUCGAAUUGGCCGAUAGACUAAUUGGUAUAUACAAGACUGACAACUGCACAAAAAGUGUGACUAUUAAUCCAAGAAGCUUUGCUGUUAGUGCAAGCUGUAGUUAAAAUAUUUUGGAACGUAAUGAAGGUUUAAUUUUUUCGUGUAUCACUCUCUUGUUCUAUAUCCAUUUCUCCUGGAUGCUCGAUAUGUCAGAUAUUGAUAUUUGUGGACCAUUUUUCUGUAUCAUAAAGUUUUCGAUAAUGAUACCGUGUUUCUGUACAAUUCGUGAGGAUAGCAAUUCUUUGAACAUCCUCGCAUUAUACAGUUUCAAUCCAAUGCUCAAUAUAUCUUUAAAUUAUUAAAAUUUCUCAAA